UAGCAUCGCAGUUUUCGCAGCGAGACAAUUACAAGCACAACACGAUCGAAAUGGUGGCCAAGAUCCUCGUCCUCCUCGGCUUUGUGGCAACCUGUUCCGCCGGAGUGCUUUCAACAAUCCCGGCCGCCGCGAUACCGGCGGCGGUCCCAGCGGCGGUCCCAGCAGCUUUAACAGUCGGGACUUAUGCUACUAGUUACAACGCGCACGCCAUCAAUCACGCCAUAGCCGCUCCGUACGUAGCCGCAGUCGCAGCCGCACCUGCGGCACUCGCAGCCGCACCGUUCACUUACUCCGCUCAGCCGGCGUCUUACGCGUAUUCCGCACCGAUCAUCGCAGGGAGGCGCUGAAGAGACUUGCGAAUCGCCGAAGUAUCAACUUUAUUGACGAUCGAAUCGACGAGGGGCGAUUGGUAAUUGCCGUUAUCGAUACGCCGAUUUACUAUUCUUUAAUAAAUGUUGUCAUUGUAAAUACGACGAUAUCGACGANCGAAUGGCGCUUUGCGUCAG